CAGAAGAACAAAGACAUAGAGAAUAUUUACUGUAUCAAUAUUUCCUACACAUUUUCACUCCAGUUUAGUUCUAGCUCAAAUACUAAAUUGACUGCUUACAGACACCAUAUUUCCUCCUGAAAAGAUAAGGUUCGGGUUCAAGUGUGAUUACUUCCUCUUUUGUGGUGAUAGUCGACAGACACACAGAUGGACAACAGAGACUGAUGGACAAACUAGCUAUGAAAUGCCCUUCCUGUUGAUUUUCCCUGAGAAAGAGACUUAAGUGAGGACAACCAUCUUAAAAAGAGACCUUUUUCUUCGGUUGCCUUCCAGAAUGGUAUUAGAUCUCUCCGCCUCCACGGCCUUCACAGCCUCCACGGCCUUCACGGCCUUCACGGCCUCCACGGCCUUCACGGCCUCCACAGCCUCCACGGCCUUCACCGCCUCCACGGCCUUCACAGCCUCCACGGCCUCCACAGCCUCCACGGCCCCCACAGCCUCCACAGCCUCCACGGCCUUCACCGCCUCCACGGCCUUCACAGCCUCCACGGCCUUCACAGCCUCCACGGCCUUCACCGCCUUCACGGCCUCCUCGCAGUACUCCUCUGGCCUCCCCGCUCCCUCUUCCCCUCCUUUACCUAUCUCGCACCAGAUCGGCAUCUUCAUCCUGGUCCUGGCGUUCGUGGUCGGCUUCCCCGGCAACCUGUUCCUGGUGUGGUCUGUGGUGUGCCGCGUGAGGCAACGGUCCGUCACAUGCCUCCUCGUCUUAAACCUGGCGGUGGCUGACGCCUUGGUGUUGCUCAGUAUCCCGCUCUUCCUGCGCUUCCUGGCGGGCAGACGGGGCUGGGAGUUCGGGGCGGCAGCGUGCAAGACCAUACACUACCUGUGCUGCGUUAACAUGAACGUGUCCAUCUACCUCAUUGGCCUGAUGAGCAUCGACCGCUGGCUAGCUGUCACAAAACCCUUCCUGUCUCAGAAGAUGAGGACCAAACAAACCCUGAAGGCCGUGUUGCUGGGAAUCUGGGUUCUGGCCUUCAUCAUGGCUCUGCCCAUGCCUUUCUACCGCAGUAACCUGCAAAUGAACAGCUCUGUCACCAUCUGCGUGCCUUACCACUGGAACAGCGUGGGUCACCAGGUGUUCCAAUACCUCUUUGAGACCAUCCUUUGCUUCUUCCUCCCCUUCACCUUCAUCACAGUGUGCUACGGCACUGUCCUCUGCCGACUGCGCGCUGUCAUGCUCCAACGCAAAGGACGGGUGCAGCGGGGACAGCGCGGAAACCGCCUCAUCAUCCUCAUCAUCGGAGCGUUCGCUGGCUGCUGGCUGCCUUACCACAUCGUCAACAUCUUACAGGUGACUGGUCUGCUGAGUGGCAACAACAGUCUGAUCAAAGCAGCCUUGGUGGCCCGUCCAAACACCACAGCUUUCGCCUUCCUGAGUAGCAGCGUGAACCCUCUGCUGUGUGUGCUGGCCGGGAGCCCCCAUUUCCACAAGGCCGGCCUCAGCUUCAUUGCUGAGCUCUUCGAGGGCACGAACCCCGAAAGGCGGACGUCCACCUCCUUCUCUCGCAGCACGAGGACCAGUCGGAGUAGCUCCUUCGCUCCGGACGACAGCUUUGCUAUGCGCAAGCUGUCAUUCAAGCCCGGUCGGAAGGUGAAGGGCAAGGAUGAGGAUGGGGACGUCCUAGCGGAAAGGCAGGGAGCGCUGAUCAUGGUUAAGGCUAAGUGAGAGCUCAAAACGUUGACAUAAAAAAGGUGCACUAGCCAGCCUGUGCUUUUCAAACAUUUUUACCUCAGGUUGUCAGGAGUGCUAAUAAGAUUAACCCUUUAGUUUGGUCACACAAAUGUUCUUUUUAAGUGUUACAAAACUGAACAUUUCUUAUUUUGAUACAUUUGGAUGUGAUGGAUUGGUGCAGACUCUGUUGUGAAAUUAUAUUCGUAUUACCUCAGGUUGGUGAGGCAGUGGAGCAGGCAUGCAAUGAAGAUGUUGAAAUUGUGGUCUUCAUACCCACUGUUCCUUGACUGAACAUGUUCAACAAAAUAGUUGGAUAUCUUUUCUCAUGUUUAUGUUGAAGAGUACCUAAUAGCUUUAAGGGACUGGACAAAAUAACGGAAAAAAUAUACAAGAAGUAGGGCCAGCUUUUGCUUUCAGCUUUCUUAGAAUGCCAUCAUCCAAUUUGUGAACUUUCUGUAGUGUGAUAUUGAACCAUUGUAAAAGAAAAGUCUUCAGUUCUUUGAGGGAUGAAGGAAGUGGAAAUCUACUUCCCAUACAGGUUCAAUCAUGUUCAGAUCUGGUGAUUGGGGAUGCCUUGGAAGUUGUUUGAUGUCAUCCUGGUGUUCAUAAAACCAAUCCUGAAUUUUGUAAUGCAUACAGACAUAAUCCUCAUGGAAUUAUGAGGGAACAGUAUUAGCAUGAUAGAGUGCACUUUGUCUAUAAACUGAUUAACUGAAACGAGAACAGGAAAGACCAAACAAGGACAUGAAAAACCAAGGACACGCAGAAAACACGAACUGUAAUGGUCCAAGCCAGACAGGACCGUUCCGCUUCGUGUUUUCUGCGUGUCCUUGGUUUUUCAUGUCCUUGUUUGGUCUUUCCUGUUCUCGUUUCAGUUA